UCUAAACGGCCGCUGCCGGUGAUGGUGUGGAUCCACGGCGGAGGAAUGGUCGAAGGGUCAAGCAGCGUCCAACUCACGGGUCCGGAGAUUUUGAUGGACAAGGACAUUGUCCUCGUCACUCUAAACUACAGACUCGGACUCCUUGGUCUGCUGAACCUGGACAGCAGUAAAGAGCUGCACGGCAAUUUUGCAAUUAGGGACCAAAUCCACGCUUUGAAGUGGGUUCAGAAAAACAUUGCGGCAUUUGGUGGCAACCCGAAUUCUGUGACACUGUUUGGGUGGAAUACUGGAGCAGCAAGCAUUCAUUACAUGCUUAUUUCACACCUGGCCAAAGGGUUAUACCACAAGGCGAUUUUGCAAAGCGGCUGUGCGUUGAACAACUGGGCAUACAAGGAUGACGACUACGGUGUUUAUUCGGAAGCUAUUAUUAAAAACCUGGGCUGCUGGAAAGGUGGGAAUGAAGAAAAUUUGAAAUGCAUGCGUGGUCUGGACGUCGAGAAACUGGUGGACGAGGCGAACGCCCUGACCGUUCGCGAGAGACGCAGAUACCCUGCUGCCUCGAACGAGAGUGUCAACACCACCGCACCCUUGUUUACCCACCCCCCUGACACGUAUAUCUUGGCCGACGUGCCAAUCAUGACGGGACUCACCACUCACGAAGUGCUUCGUUCGCUCAACGUGACAAAGGAAUUCACCGAAAACAGGGACUUCUACGUUCCUCGCUUGCUAGGAUUGGAAAGAAACGUGUCCCAGUUUGAAAAAGUGUGGAAUCAAAUAUCAUCUAAUUACAAAUCAUUGCCUGGUGAUGAAAUCUCUAUGGCUUCAGACGCAGAAUACACGCUUGGAGUGGACCAGCUGGUGAGAAGUACGGUUGCCAAAGAGAACAGGAAGAGUCCGGUUUUCUAUUAUCAGUUUUCCUUCAACGGCUCUAUCACUAGUUUGAUUAAGAGCCGCAUGCCAACCAACAGGACAGGAACUUCCCACGGCGACGACCUGGGCUAUCUGUUCACGAUGAACAUUUCCGACUCGUGGCAGCGCGCUUCGGCCCGGGACAGAGCCUUCAUCAGCCAGAUCACGACCCUGUGGACCAACUUCGCAGAGAAAGGGAACCCGACCCCGGACGCGACAAGCGGCGUCAAGUGGCUGCCGGUGCGCAAAUCGAGUAACGAUCCAGAUAAAAUAUUCACAAGCUACUUGGACCUGGGAGAAAAGCUGGUCAUGAACGACAGGAGUCUCAACGACAAACGCUUGCAGUUCCGGCCAAAACUCCUCAAGGAAAAUUCCUUGCUCUUUCGAUUUUUGAGACCUGACCGCGUAAAACGAUCAGAUGGGGGUUACAUUAAUAAAAGAAAAUCCUUGGCCAAGAACAGGAAAUUGUAUCGUAAAGUCAUAUGCAAAUUAUUUUUUCUGAAUGUCGUUCAUUGCUAAAUUAUUAAUAAUUUU